UCAUUAUUAUCAAUCACCUCAAUCAACCUCCAGCAGUCAUAAAGCCUUUUCCUUUCGUAUCUCUUUUCUGCCUUCGUUCAAAGCCCCACAAUCACAAUGAGCGAUUUUCCACCCUCAAGUCUUCGACCUCUUAUCCUGGAAGUUUUCGAACUCCUCAAAUCUAGGAAGGAGACGAUAUCCGUUGCGGAGACAGUAUACACUUUGGAAUCUCGGAUCACCUUUGCCGGAUGGACCCCAGCUCAUCUGGAGAACUACAAUGGCCCAACGCCCGCCAUUGUGGCCCAAAUGGCCGACCACGUUCGCCACACUUUCGGCUCCACCUACACGGUGAGUGAGAGUGGAACAGCAGGGCCGACCGGUGGAACAAUGAGGAAUCGCACUCCGGGCUAUGUAGCUGUCGCAGUAUCAACUGUACAUAGGACGUACACACGAGAGGUGGAGACGGGUAGUGAUGAUCGUGGGAGGAACAUGGUUGCCUUUGCUGAAGAGGGUUUAAAGUUGUUAAGGGAUGUACUUGUUGGGAAUGCAAAUCUAUAGAUGAUGGCAUUUGUUUCUUCACGGAGUAUCUCGGAUGUGAUGUCGAUAGUGGUACUCCCUUUAUAUAGAGCAUGGUGCUGUACUAUGUGACCCAUGGUUGGACUCAACCCACUUGAG